GCCGGUCCGGCGGUGUGCGGUGCCCGGGUUGCCGGUGUGUGGCAGCGCGUCGCGCGGGCGGAGAGCCGCGCUCGGUCCGGCCGAGUUUUACAGAGGCGGCUAACGCUAGCCAGCUAGCCGCGCGGCAUCUGCCGAGUAUCGGGUGCCAUAGCAACGCCGACGGGCUCUCGGGCAACAUUACCGCGGUUUAGUUCAGCACGGCCCAAACACGGAGCGGCUCGGGCCCGGCGGACCGGCCGAGCCGAUACCGAGGGUCAGGCGGGCGGCAUCUGGUCUGAGAAUGAAUGCUGACGAUUGCAAUGGCCGUUCUUACAUGUCAGGCAAUGGAGAUUCUUCGACAGAGCGGGAGUUUUUUGCAGGGCUAAGGGGACCUAGUGUGAGCACUCCUAACAGUCAGCACUCUUCGCCCAGUCGCUCCCUCAGUGCUAAUUCCAUCAAGGUAGAGCUCUACAGUGAUGAAGAAGCAGGUGCUGCUACGCUUGCAGAGAGAAGAGGAGGAGAGAGGGAUGAAGGAUGGAAAGAUGAUAAAGGGGACAUCCCAGAGGAGGGGGUUGUGGAGGUGGGUGGAGGGGUUCGAGGCCAAGGAGGAACCGGCUGUGGCGAGAUGGGCAGCCCCGGACCUGCUUCGCCCGGACCCAUACGGCUACCCAAUGGAAAACUGAAGUGUGACAUAUGUGGAAUGAUCUGCAUCGGUCCUAAUGUUCUGAUGGUACACAAACGCAGCCAUACGGGUGCUUUUGCUGCAAAAAAAUGGACAGGUGAGCGACCAUUCCAGUGCAACCAGUGUGGAGCGUCCUUCACACAGAAGGGCAACCUGCUGCGUCACAUUAAGCUCCAUUCUGGUGAAAAACCCUUCAAAUGCCCAUUCUGUAACUAUGCCUGUCGUCGCAGAGACGCGCUCACUGGUCACCUCCGCACCCACUCUGUUUCCUCACCAACUGUGGGAAAGCCCUAUAAGUGCAGUUACUGUGGUCGUAGCUACAAGCAGCAGAGCACACUGGAGGAACAUCGAGAGCGCUGCCACAGCUACCUUCAGAGUCUGGACCAUCAGCCUGCUCACAGCACCCAAUCUGCACAGGGUGAGGAGUCUCGUAACAUGGAUGUGAUUCCGGAGGGCCUAGUCCAGCCCUCAUCAGAAAAGAUGACCUUCAUUGAACGGGUGGCUAACAGCAUCACUAAAAGGAAACGGUCGACACCUCAGAAGUUUCUGGGGGACAAGCACAUGCGAAUGAACAUCUCAGAGGCAACUUAUGAACUCAGCUCCAGCCCUGAGAAAGAGCGGGACAUGCUGGGUUUGCACGGCGGCAGCGACCCUGCAUCUUUAGUGGGUGUAGGAGGUCGUUAUUUCCGAGGACCUCGAGGAACAAGUGAAGACAUGGAUUCUCCGCAAGGCAUGCGCCUCCCUCCGCCUCACCCGGUCUGCAUGUCCGAGUUCACUCCCGUCAUCAGCUCCGUCUACCCCCACAUCACUCCCCUGGGCCAGAGGCUAAACUGCGGCGGGGGCGUGUCCAUGAGUCUGGCCGGACGUGAGGCGGGCGAGGGCCACGAGGACGUGCCCUCGGGCCGCAGUCACACCGCCUCACCCAGCAACGGAUGCCAGGACUCCACAGACAACGAGAGCAUGGCGGAGGAGCCGUGCAUUGUGGCCAGCGUCCCACCUGCCGGCUCCAACCACCACGGGCGGGAGAGGCAUAGCCCUAGUCACGCCAAAGAAACAGACCUGGAAUUAAAGAGGGAAAGGGAAGUCCCGGGGGCCGUGCAGACGGCCCCUGCUAAAGGGAGCCCGCGGUCACCGCACGCCUCCAGGGAGGCCAUGCAGGUGGUGGACGGCGAGGGGCAGCCGGUGCGCACCUUCCGCUGCGAGCACUGCCGCAUCUUCUUCCUGGACCAUGUCAUGUUCACCAUCCACAUGGGCUGCCACGGCUUCCGCCAGCCCUUCGAGUGCAACAUCUGCGGCCACCGCAGCCAGGACCGCUACGAGUUCUCCUCGCACAUCGUCCGCGGGGAGCACCAGGUGGGCUGAGCUGAGCCGAGUCGGCUGGAAGGGCUGGUUCGUAUGCGGGUGGGUGGGACGGGGUUUUGUUUGUUUGUUUGUAUGUCUGUUUUCUUCGUUUUUGUUUGUUUGAAAGGGGAGGAGGGUACUGGCAGAGAGGCGUAUGCUGCUUUGAGAUGACACGGAGUCCAGUUUGGUCUGCACCAGAUUUGGGGAGGGGGGGGGCGGGCGGGGUCAGAACACAUGAGCACUUGCUUUUACUGUUAAGUGAACGCCAGGCUGGCGUCUUUUCCUGUUGAGGAAAAAGAUAGGCACAAAAGGAGGAGAUUGGCCUGGUGCUGAGCGAGAUCUGAUGGCGAGAGAUCAGAUUAGAACAGAGGGAACGAAUCCCACCAUCCGAUUGCACUCCCAAAUCAGUUCUUUUGGCAAGACGCAGCUGUUUUGCUUUAGAAGUGCCUUUCUUCAGUGGGGUUUACCUUUUCUUGGUUAGUUAGAGAAACUUGGUGCUUGGAGGAGGCAGGGCCGUUGAAGUCUUGCCAGCAGCAUUUCCACACAGUCUGUGUUAGAGGUUGUGAAUGAGCGUGUGUGUGGAAAUGUGUGUGAGAGAGAGAGAUUGCGAGUGACUGAAAAACAGAGAAGCAUAAAAGCUGAAUGCUGCUGCGUGAGACCCACAGUUGUAGACUAGUUAUAGCCUAUUUUGCAGUAGCUCUGAGGGGCUGUGGAGUUUAGAGGACUCAGGGAGGAAGCAGGGGACUAAACGGGGAAACGUGGAGUAGCAGCGUGGGCUGCAGGCCUCUUUAGGGCUAGGAGAACGAGGAGAUCAGUAUGUUAGCCAUACAAACGGAGCACACACACACACGUAUUGCCUUAAUUAGUUGCUUUAUAUCAACCCUAUAUUAGCUAGUUAUUGAAUUGCAUGGCGUUUUAUGCUGGCGGUUACCGAAGGCACAACUCAAUUCAAUUGCCUGAGGCAAGUGGCGGUGUGGAUAAUUAAGAAUUUGGUUAAGCCUUGGAUAGUUGUUUAUUAUUACCUUCUUCAAAAAAAAAAAUCAGUGUAUGCUACAUGUCUUAUUUAAGUGGAAAUUAACUUGAAAUAUUUUGCCUUAGUUUGCGAGUGUACAGCAGCGGAUAACCUUUGUCCAGGUCAAAUUCUAGGACUUGGACUUGGUGGUUUCCUUGUGCCUCAGAUCUUGAUUGUUGUUUUUAUCUAGGUAGACCUCACCUCAGUGGCGAUGAUGAAGUUUAUUGAGAAAAAAUACAAAAAAACACAAAAAACUACAAAUCUUCAGGAAUAGAGAGGGGUUUUUGUAUCGUUUUUUUUGCAGUAUGAAGUCCCCCCCCCCCCUUAUAUCCAGCCUGUGCAAUGAAAUUGAAGUGGAAGUGGAAGAUAAAGCGAAGAUCAACUGGCUUCAGUUAACAUAAGGUACGUUGACUCUACAGUUGAACUGUAGAGUUUAUUCAAACUGGGCUAGAAAAUGUAAUAUAUAUGUACUUGGCAGUUGAAAACUGGUGUAGUAGUGAAGCACUGAGCAGUGAAUGGAGCCUUAAUAAUGUGCUGGUGCAGAUCAAACAAAGACCCAUAUCGCUUUCUGUGACUCUGACCGAGGACGGUGAUGGUGACGGGGAGGGAGGGAGGGAGGGAGGUGGGGGUUGUUACCUCAGAGGAGGUUUGCACUUUUCUAACUCUCUGCUUAAAUAUGAGUGUUUUGCUGGGGCUGUCGGGUGGGCUCGCGGGCUCUGGGGCGGGUGGGUGGUUAGGCGGGGCUGAUACUAAAAGGCUUUAGGGGAUUCUACAGUACUCACUGGUGACUGAGCUUUGGAACAUAUUCUUUUGUUUUCUGAAAUUGCUCUAUUGCACUGAUUUCUGAUAAAGAAAAUUGCUAUUUAGGGAAAAUGAGUAACAAUUUGAUACAAGAAUAUGUAGGUUAUACAGACCAGAUAAACAGUGUGUUGUUUUUAAAGUUCUAUAAAUACUAUUUUCCUAAUGAAAGGGGGUCAUUGUCACAAAGGUUUCAGAACAGAAAAAUUCUCCUUGUGUUGUAAAAUUGGUGCUUGGUUGUUUGUGUGGCUUCAGCCCUUGAUAUUGGACUUGUAUCCUGUACGCUUGUCCUGUGUGAACAUGUCCCAUAUGAGUUAAUGUAUCAAGGUACACUUAAACCCCCAACAACUAUGGAUUGCUGCUUUUUUUUGAGUUGAGGGAAAAGAGUGGAACUGUUGUCGCAGAGUUUUGUACCGUCCUGCCAAGGUAUCGUGGCCUGUUUUAGUCCUCUCUUGCACAAUUUGAGCGAAACAAGUACGAGACUACGUGAGAAACUAAAGCACCAAUGAGCGAAGUUUGAAAAAUAUCAAAGAUUUUUUCAGAGGUUUGUUUGUUACCACCUUUUCUAAAGUGGACAGUUAAGCUUAAGGAUACUUCGAUAUUGUAGCACGUUGUUUGUCACUCAGCCUUCGUGAAGGUGGUCAGCUAUUUCCCAAACCUGCUUACUGACGUACAUGUGAUGAACCACUGAUCAAGUGUUAUACACCUCCCGCUAGCUAAAAAACGCACCCAGAAACCUCUUUAAGACGUGUGUGUGUGUUUGGAUUCAAGCCAGCGAAGGCCUACAGUGUGAAUGAUUUCAGAAGUCAGACGAUAAACGAGACCAAAACCAGUAUUUCUUUCAAUAGCUUUGCACCCUUCAUAGCUGAAGAGAACUCUUCACACCUCUUCUUCUACCGUAGACAUUUAAAAUUUUACUUGAAGUUAUUUAAGAAAAGAAAUCAAAUAUAUAAUACUUUAAUGAUGCACUUAUUAAUGGUUGAGAUGAAAUUCUGUAAAUAACUCUAUGGUAUGUAUGAGUGAGAAGGUAGCAUGUGUGCUUAUUUGUUUGCUGGAAACCUGGAACUGUUGAGCUUGUAAAAUAUUUAGCUGCAAAUUUUACCAGUUUCCUCCAGCCCUGACCUCACUGUUUUCUCCCCAAACUUUUCUUUCCCUGAACCCAAACGUGUGAUCAUGAACUUAAAUGAAUAUUUUUAAAUGAACUGUGAAGUGACCAUAACAUGCAGCGAGAGAGAAAGAGAGCGCGAGCGUUUUGGUGAGGCAGGGAUCGAGCUCCCUUUCAUACUUACAGGCUUUCUCCUGGGUUCAAUGUUUUUAAAGGCUUUGUGAGAAAAAAAAUAUGUAUAUGACAAAGAAAAAACUCUUUACCUCAAAUUUGUUAAAAUAUAAAAAACUGCCUCAUGUUCUUUAAAAACGGUGUGUUGGUUUCAAGAGGUGUUGUUUAUUUGAGUUUGUUUUUAAGGAGUGUAACCCAACAUUCAGUUGAAGUAAUUUUUCAUGUCCAAUAAAGUAAUAUUUGUUGUA